CUCAUGUGUCAGUCGGAGGAGGCUAGCAGCCCGGGGCUCUUGCAGAGUGAAGAUGGAGCAAGAGGGCCAGGAGAAGAAGAAGGAAGGGAGGCUGACCCUUGUACUUGCCUUGGCGACCCUGAUAGCUGCCUUCGGGUCGUCCUUCCAGUAUGGCUACAACGUGUCUGUUGUCAACUCCCCAGCCGAGCUCAUGAAGCAGUUCUACAACGACACCUACUACGACAGAACCGGGGAGCUCAUCGACGAGUUCCCCCUGACCUUGCUGUGGUCCGUGACCGUGUCCAUGUUUCCCUUCGGAGGCUUUGUCGGGUCCCUUCUGGUUGGCCCCUUGGUGAAUAAAUUUGGCAGAAAAGGGGCCUUGCUGUUCAACAACAUAUUUUCCAUCGUGCCCGCCAUCCUCAUGGGGUGCAGCGAAGUCGCCAGGUCGUUUGAGCUCAUAAUCGUCUCCAGACUCCUGGUGGGAAUAUGCGCAGGUGUGUCCUCCAACGUGGUCCCUAUGUACCUGGGGGAGCUGGCCCCCAAGAACCUGCGGGGCGCCCUCGGGGUGGUGCCGCAGCUCUUCAUCACCAUCGGCAUCCUCGUGGCCCAGAUCUUCGGCCUUCGGAGUAUCCUCGCCAACAAAAAAGGCUGGCCCAUCCUCCUGGGGCUGACCGGGGUCCCGGCCGCCCUGCAGCUGCUGCUCCUGCCCUUCUUCCCCGAGAGCCCCAGGUACCUGCUGAUCGGGAGGAAGAACCAAGACGCCGCCAGGAAGGCCCUGCAGACGCUGCGCGGCUGGGACGAGGUGGACGAGGAGCUGGAGGAGAUCCGGCGGGAAGACGAGGCGGAGCGGGCGGCCGGUCUGGUGUCCGUGCGGCGGCUGUGCGGCAUGCGGGCGCUGCGCUGGCAGCUCAUCUCCGUCGUGGCCCUCAUGGGUGGCCAGCAGCUGUCGGGAGUGAACGCG